AUGUACAUAACCCUCUACUAUAUAGUCACCCGGCUCUCUGACUCCCUUCGCUUAGUCAAGGACCACUUCCUCUCAGUUUGCCCCACCACACUCACCAUUGACCUCCUCGAGGAGCGCCUCCUAGCAGCAGAGAAGAGCAUAGUUGCUGUAGGAGCCUGUCGUGGUGACCCUCGCACCCCCGUCUUUGAGGGUCGGUCGGCGCUGCGUCUGCCCCUAGCGGGAGACGCCGCACCGGCAAGGGCAAGGGGGGCAAAGGCGUUGGGGUGGCUGGAGGGGGGGGUUGAGGUGGUGGUGGAGGCAGUGGAGGGGGUGGGGGUGGUGGUGGGAGUGGUGGCGGGGGUGGAGGUGUCGGUGGCAGCAGUGGAGGCGGAGGAGGCGGCGGCGGUGGCGGAGAGAGCGUUGGCGGUGGAGGUUGCGGAAGCGGCGGAGGUGGCGGAGGCGGCGGCGGCAGCAGUGGAGCUGGUCGCGGCUCUGCGCAGAGGAGUGGUUCCGGUGGUGGUCCACGCCAACAGCAGUAGUGCAAUCGUGAGACCCCGUCCCCCCAGCAGCUUCGUGAGUGGCACGCGGGCGUCAGCGAGGGCGAGGGUUGCUAUCUUUGAUCUUGAUUAUGAUGUUAUUCUUGUUGCCAUGUAUGCUGUGUCUACUAGUGAUGAGGGUGACUGUUACCUGUGGGUUCCGCCUGACCCGGGCAUUGAGGCUGCUGCUCUAGGUGCUGGUGAGGCUGCUGCUCUAGGUGCUAGUGCGCCUGCUGCCCUGGGUGCUGGUGCAUCUGCUCUCUCAGAUACCACGUCUGCUCAGGCUUUACACACCUUCACCCUUGACUCGGGUGCUUCCCGCUCCUUCUUUCGAGACCGCACCACGCUUACGCCGCUUAGUCCGCCGGUUGCGGUCUCCCUGGCGGACCCCUCUGGGGGUCCUGUCCUUGCUAGCUUCUCCACUGUCUUACCGUGUCCGGCAGCCCCCUCUGUCACCCUGUAG